AGUGAAGCAGCUGUCUGUUGCUCUUUAUUGAAGGUGGGGAAGUUAAAGGAUCAGUAUGGUGUCUUUAAACCUGGGCACUAUUAUCAUAUAUUUUGGGUCAAAAUGAGGUACAGAAAGUUUAGAAUUUCAGACACAAACUGGCAGCAACGUAUUCCUUCAGAGCAAUCGGCCAGUCAAAAGAGAGGCGAGUUGUUGCAGGGAGACGAAACGAGGGAGAGGAGUUUGUUGUGUACGUAGAGGAGCUGCUGGUAAGACUUAAUUUCCCAACGUUACUCCAACACAACAAUCUCCUCUCUUAAAAUCUGACUCACGCUUCCACUGUCAUCCUCCUGCAACAACUCGCCUCAACAUUAAGUUAUUUAGUGGAUGCUUUUAUCCAAAGUGACUUACAUUUGAGGAACAACCUACAAGCGUCAACAAAGCAUCAGUACAGUAAGAUCUACAAAUGACAAUGGAUAAUAUUAAGAGUUAAUAGGACGUACAAGAGCUUCUUGAAGUUAGAGUUGAUGUUACGUGAUGUUGUCGGACACCUGGUUUAACUUUCUGAGCCUGUCGGAGGCAAAAGGAAGCACUUUUUGUGGACGUCAUGUUGAAGGGCACAAUUGCCCCGAAGGAAUACGUUGCAGCCUCUGCAGCCGGUUUGUGGCAUCGACUGAAACCAUCUUCUGCACGGAUUCAAAACACCAAAACAAACAACUGGUCUUCUCUCUUGUAAAAUAGAAAGAAACUCACUGCGACUACAGCUGCUGAAAGCUGCAGUGUCAGCUCUCAGCAAGAGCAGCAGUUUCAAAUAUUUUACUCCCCACAUCAACACACAUCUACUGAACCGUGACUACUACUUUUGUCUGUGUGACACAUUCAGUUUGUGCUACGGAUGUCAAACCACAUGAUGCUGUGUGCAGCUAACUCACGGGCAAAUACUAUUUACAAAUACAUUUUUAGUUGCCAGAAUCAAACUGGCUCAAGACAGGAUGGGAGCUAUUUGCCAGGAAACUCAUCGCUUUAUUCCUCCGCCUUUAUGUGAGGAGUUGAGUCAAGGGCUUUUGGGGUUUGCCAACUAUUUCACUCACCACUGACACAAUGCUAGAAAGGUUAUUCUUAGAUCCACAGUUUAGGUGACCGUGCCAGGCAGGAAGGUUUGAACACUAGUUAUGAAAUAAGACUUGCUUUAUGUGACACAAGCUGCACACCGAAAGAUCUGCAUGAUGGUAACCAUUCAGCUAAUACAUAUAACAUUAGUUUCUACCUAUCUGCAUAUUACAAACGUCCAUAAAGCAACAAACAGCUGCUUGUAACUGCAGAACCUGCCGAAGAAGAAAUUACAUUUAGCUGACACUUUUAUCCAAAGUGACUUACAAUUGCUAAAUAAAUCAGAGGUCACACGCCUCUGGAGCAACGAGGGGUUAAGUGUCUUGCUCAGGGGACACAAUGUGUCACAGUGGGGAAUUGAACCCGGGUCACUCACACCAAAGGCAUCUGUUUUCUGUACACCCAUAGGGACACUGCUAACUAAUUAUUUUUUUUUAAAUAUGCUAGAGUGUCGGUUAAUAUUAAAUAAAUUGUUUCAUUCAGAAACAUUUAUUAAUUGUGAUCCAUCUUUAAUCGCAGCACAACUGGCGUCUUCAGCCAAAUGCAAAGAUAACUCAGAGCGGCUCGAGUUUACUAAUUAAGAUGUCUCACACAGGAAACGUUCAGUCAGCAGACGCUGAGCCUCAACAGAAACAUGACAGCAGCAGCAGUAAAGAACAUCAUUCAGUGUCGGCAGCUCUGCUGUCGGUGUAACAGUGUUUCUGAACAUCAUAAUCUACUUUGUCUUUUUGUGUUUAAAAACUGCAGGAAAACCAACUGUCAAAUAAAAGAUAACUUAAAAACACGAGGAAGCUGCUGAGAACAAAAACAUGCUGAGAGACAGCAGCAGCUGUCAGAUAUCAACAGACCAAGAGCUGAAUUCAGAGUCUUAUCAAACUUCCUGCUUCAGCAGCUGUCAGUCAAAAUAUAAACCACACACACUCCGUCUCUAGUGCCUCAGUUUCUCCUCUCAGACAAGAGACAGACAGUCUUUCAGGAGCUGAGGGUCUAUUUCAGGAUGCAGCUCGUACUCGUCUUUUUCGUCCUCCUGUCCCACGUUACCAAGGUUACAGCGGUGGCCGGUUGCCACAGCGACAGAGACAAGGACCACCGGCCGAGAGAGAACUGCACGAGUGCCGGCUUCAGCGACGUCCCGGCGGGAUUUGAGCUCAACACCAAGGUUCUGUUAUUUCCCAGCAACCAGUUCUCCGGUUUGUCCUGGUCCUCCUUCCAGAUCUUUAGAGAGAUCUAUGAGAUCGACCUCACCGGCAACAAGGUUCCUGAGGUGACCUCCAGCGUGUCUCCGAUCCUGCCCAGCCUCAGCGUUCUCCGACUGGGUUCCAACCGUCUGAAAGCCCUCUCUGACGGCUCCUUCUCCGCCUGUCCAGGUCUGACUGAACUCUACCUGGAGAACAACGCCAUCCACUCUCUGAGCGAUCACACCUUCUCUGGACUCAGCAAGCUGGAGAUCCUGGACUUGUCAUCCAAUCAUAUCAAGGUGCUUCCUGAGCUCAUGCUCCACCCCCUUCCUGCCAUAGAGACCCUCUACCUGGAGUACAACAAGAUCAAGGUGAUGCCAGACGAUUGGUUCAGCCAGAAGAAGGAGGUGCCGUACCUCUACCUCUCAUCCAAUGACUGGGUCUGCACCUGUUCCCUUGGUUACUUGCGUGAAUACCUUGACGAGUACGAACUCAACGUCUACGUCCGGGAUGGCACGAUCAUCAGGAGCGACGCAGAGAGUGUGGUGUGUGACUCUCCACCGUCGCAUAAAGGUAAACCUGUAAUCACUCUGGAAGAAUCAGAUUUAUGUCCAUCUGGUCCAAUCGGAGACUUCGAGCCAAUGCCAAUUACCAGCACAUUUUACGAGACAACUGCUGCUGCUGCUGUUCCUACUAUCCCAGCUACUAUCACUAGUUCUCCUCCUCCUACCACUUCUACUUAUCCGAUUCCAGCUACUGAAGUUGCCAGUACAAUCGGUUCCACAGCGUUCGAAAGAGAACUCUACACUGAGUACUACAGAGUAGUCACAUGGUCCUGGUACCAAACCUUCACCCAUCUCAUUGAAUGGUCAGAUCAUUCAGGGUUGCACAUUUCGGCUACUCGUCCUACUUUUCCUACAGUCAAACCCUCACCUGAAAGUCCUGCUAUCAUGACAACCGCCACACCAACCAAACCUGUUGAGACAACCAAAUCUGUUCCUUCAACCGAAGCUUUUGCAACACGGAAACACCGGGUAACCAGAACAACCACCACUACUAAGGCAACCACUGGGGCAACCGCUGAGGCAACCACUGGGGCAAACGCUGUGGCAACCGCUGGGGCAACCGCUGUGACAACCGCUGGGGCAACCGCUGUGGCAACCGCUGGGGCAACCGCUGAGGUAACCGCAGGGUCAACCGCUGAGGCAACCGCUGAGGCAACCGCUGGGGCAACUGCUGAGGCAACCACUCAGGCAACCACCACGUCGAUCCCUUCACGUGGUAAAAUGAUUGCUGUCAGAGGUGCAGGCGUUUUCUGUUGUUGGCUUUUCGCAGGGUGCCUGCUGCUGUGCAUGGCGUCAGCAGCAUGUAUAUUGGCGACGCUGGCGAGGAUGGUCGUCUGGUACAGGAAGGUGUACAAGCCGCUGAGUUUGUUGCUGGCGAGGAGGGGAGGAAGUCAUGAGGGAGUGAAGCUGUUAACAUCCGGGGGGAGGGAAGAAAGGGAGGUGGCGGGAGGAGGCGUGAUGGCGCUGUAUCGCUCUGUUCUGUUCAUCCACAGAGAGGGAGACGCUAUGGAGAGGGAAGAUGGAGAUGAGGGACAUGAGGAAGGAGGAGAAGGAGGGAAAGAAAAACUCCUUGUCACUCUGGAGCCGACAGGAGGAGGAGCGACGAGAGAGGAAGAAGGAGAAAGAGGAAGGAGGGAGGAGAGAGGAGUGUACAGGAAGACAUUGUUCCGUCUGUUGAGCAAAGAGGAGGAGAUCGAGGGAUGGAAGGAGGUGAUGGAGGAGUGUCGGGUCUCUGCAGAAGAUGCAGAGAGGAGGGGAGGAGGGAGGGAUGAAGGCAUGGAUAGAGAGAGGAGUGGAGGAGGAGGAGUGUCCAAAAAGCGCUACAGUGUAAUUCUGAGGGAGGAGAGGGGGGAAGCAAGGGGAGGGAGAGAGGAGCUGGACUGGGUGGUAGGGGGGUGGGAGGUGAAAGGAGGAGCAGGGGAGGGUAGGGAGGAGCCCAGGAGCAGCUGGGGGGAGUGGCUGGCACACUACUUACCCAGCAUGCCCUGGGGAGUGACCACACCUCCUGAGGACGAGGCAGCUCAGUGAUGUCAUUAGUCAUUAGGAAGACAAUUGGCCCAAUGGAUACGGAAGUCAUAACAUCAUUUCCUGUCUAGCCCUUGUUCCUCUGGCUUCUGUAACUCAUUAACCAAUUAAUCUCUCAUUCACAUUUAAUUAAUCUAAAUAAUUAAUCUGUCUUUCCCAAAAAAAUUAAGCGUGUCCCUGGAUUUUCGGGAUUCUGUGAAAAGUGAGCCUCUUUAUAAGUCGUUAUCUCUGUUUUUAAUAACGUUAACCGAUAAAUCAGAAAUGUUUCAAUUUUAAAACUUGACCAGGAAGUCCCUUGUGAUUGAAAUCUCUUUUCUGAGGAAGACCUGGCCUGGACAGAAAAGCUGUUUAAACAGAAAUAAUAACCCAACAGCGGAAAUACAGACAUUGGACUCACAAGGAAGACAAUAAAUGCAGCUCAAAGAAGGCGGUUGCAUUUCUAAAUUGGGGGACUAGAUUAUUAAGAUGUAGUUAUGUUCUGUAGUUUCCUCCACAUCCACGGAGUAAAGAAGGGAAAAAGCUUUUUCCACCAGCUCAGUUCAAACCCUUGGAACCUGGAAAGAAAGCUACCCGUUGGAACAACACAUUCUCACCCCAGACUCGUCACAUAUGGACCCAUGGUCAAGAUCCCUUGGCGUCGCUUUUUAACGCCGUUUGUAGCCUUUCAGAUAGAGAUAUUUCAAAACGUCGGAAUUUGUUUGGGUUUAGGCAACAAAAGUACUUGGCCAGAUUUAGAAAAAGAUCACAGUUUCGGUUAAAAUAUCUACGCUAGUUAUAUGACUUAACUAACGUGAGUUUUAAGCAACAUUACUUCCGUAACCUACGCAACUUACGUAACAUUCAAUGUUGACUUUUUGUUACACACGGUAAACGAACACCUGUUACCUGUGUGGACCUCCGGUUUCUAACCCACCUGUCCACCCCAGCCACCUCCUUACUCAGACUUUUUUGUUACCCCACACCUACCUUUAGCGUUCAUAAAUGAUGCUACAGGGUUUCCCCCAGUGCGUUGCUUUGACGCUAAGGGAGUCACAAACUGACGUCUUGACCAUGCGUCCAUACGUGACGCCUUGGGAGUUUCAAAGUGUUGGGUGUAACAAAGCUGAAGACUGCUGUAGGUCUUCGUCGGGACAUUACAUAUAUAUACAGCAUGGCCUUGUACACAAACAUUUGUCUAGAUACACUUAAUGAUGUUUGUCAUCCAACCAACUGCCUAAAUACUUUUCAUUUACGGAGUGGAGAUUGAAUGAUAUGUUUAGAUCGAGACAGUAGUGUUUUGAAAAACUGUCCAAUAUAUGUUUUUGUUUUAUGACACAAACACAGUAUCCACUGUUGUUUUAAUAACUCUUAUAAUAAAAUGUAUGUGAUAUUCAAAUGUGUCUUGCUGUUUGUGCCACAUUUCCAUCUGGAAUAUUGUAACAGAUACCAAAGUUUGAUCCCCACAAACCAGAACACACCGUGUCAUUUCUGAAAUGAAAUGAAAAUGAAACAUUGAGAUGAUCUGGAUCAGGAAUAGCGUUCGUGUGUUGCUGCUGAUGAGAAUGUUUAGACCUACAGGCCUGCCCACAAUGUUUCUCUAGUGUGGAUGUUUCUAUGCUUCUUGUAAACAUUUGAGUGAGUGAAUCUCUUCCCACACUCCUCACAGCUGUAUGGCUUCAGUCCAGUGUGGAUCCUUUCAUGCACGUUGCGGUCUGUGGCAGAAAUGAACGCUUUCUCACAGUGUCUGCAGUUGUACGGUUUCUCUCCAGUGUGGAUACGUUGGUGGGCUCUUAAGUUUUCUAGUCGAGUGAAGGUCUUUCCACACUGGCCACAGUAGUGCGAUUUCUCUCCAGUGUGAAUGAUUUGGUGUUUCCUUAGGUGACUUGACCAAGAGAAAGCUUUACCACACUUCUCACAGGUGAAGGGUUUCUCUCCACUGUGGGUCUGCUGGUGGAUUCUAUAGUUUGUUAAUGAUGAAAAAGCUUUCCCACAUUGCUCACAGUUGUAUGGUUUCUCUCCAGUGUGAACUCUCUGGUGACACUUUAGAUCUCCUGGUGUCGUGAACGCUUUGUCACACUGCUGACAGCGGUGAGGCUUCUCUUCUGUAUGAUAUCUUCGACGAUGCAUGUGCAGUCGUCCUGAUGAUAUGAAUCUGUUGCCACACUCCUCACAUUUGAACGGUUUCUCUCCAGUGUGCAGUCUCAGAUGAAUUCUUAGCUCUCCUCCUGUUUUGAAUGCUUUCUCACACUGGUCACAGCUGUACGGCCGCGCUACAGUGUGAGUGCGCUGGUGUUGUCUUAGGUAUUUGACAGUAGAGAAAGCUUUCUCACACUGGUCACAACUGUACGGUUUCUCUCCAGAGUGAAAUCUCUGAUGAAUCUUUAAUCGAUGUGAUGUAGGGAAUUCUUUCUCACACUGUUGACAGUGGUGAGAUUUGGGCGGUUUUGUGGCUCUCUGCAGUGACAGACAAAGAUACACAGAGAAAGAGAGCAUAUUGUAAGUGAGGUGCAGCGGUGGACAGAAGAUAAAACGUUGACAUCACCUCUGGUUUCAAUAAUGAAAUAGUGUUACCUGCGUAGAGAAACUAAUGGGUUAGCCAAAGACAACAAGGCUAGCUGGAGUUCCCACUAGAUAUAGCAGGACAUUAUCCCUCACUGGCUUCCCACCUGACAAUAGUGUCUGUUGGUGAUAGCAUAGUAUAACAGUGCUGUCACUGCAGUCAUGAGCCACAAGGACACUUUAAAGGUUUUAAGUGUACAAACCCAUGUUUGUGUGAGUCAUUAAAGUAGUACACAGGAUUAAAAUGCUUAUAUAGAGCUGAAGUCAUGACGUCACUUUCUGUCUGGCCUCUGUUCCAUCAGCAUCUUUAAUUCAAUACAAUUUCUCAAUCUGCAUUUCUUUCAUCAGUCUUUCUGGAGAAAAUUAAAGUUUACCUUCUAUAUUAUCAGACAAAUUCGCUCCACUAUAGCAGUUGCUAUUAGAAACACAAUCUUACAUCAUAUUACAUCGCACUCUUCUGAAGUCACCUUUCCAGUUUUUAGUUUUAAUCUCUGCGGUUUACAUACUUCGUGACAUGCCUUGCUGCCACUGGCACGGACAAAGGCAGACUGCAGCGUAUCAUUUGCAGAGAAAAUGAUUGGCUGCAAUCUUCCAUCUCUCCAGGACCUGUACGCCUCCAGGAAAGAUUGUGGCCAACCCCUCCCACCCCAGACACUAACUGAUUCAGACACUCCCCUCCUGCAGGAGGCUGCGGCCCAUCAGUAUAACACAUCACCACCACCACUAUUUUAUUUUUAUUUUUUUACAGUACACUCCGGUAAAAUUUUAGACAACAUAUCUCAUAAUUAAGUGCACACAGUCUUUAUUCUUCUUCUAUAAUUUGUAUAUUUUGUCCAUUUCAGAGAAAACGAAAAGAGGAAAAGAAAGACCAAAUCAUAAUGUUGAUAUCUGUAGUAAAGAGUAUUAUCAUGAAA